AUGGCUUUCAAGAAUGGGCUUAGUGAGCGGCUUGAUGAGCUACGAUUUCCGUCUCCUCGAUCUCCACAGUCGUCAGAAACAACCUUCCCAGGCUAUAGUUCCCUAUCUCCCCUAUCGCCGGGCCAUUCAACCUUCGUACCCUUUUCAGGGCAAGGAGACCGAGAUAUUCGUUCCAAUUUGCAACGUCGAUUUACAACUGAUGCAAGCAAGUUGACUACCUCAUGGAAUUAUUUAAGUAAUAAUUCUACCCAAGAUCCCCUGGAUCUACUAUCUUCGUUCGAGCAAAAGCGAUUACAUAUCCAGUUUAUGCGAGAGCAAAAACUCAGGUUUGAGCAAGACAUGAAACUUCUCGAUAUGGAGCACGAGAAGGAAAACCAAGAGAUGGAGCAGCUUGCACGGGACUUAGCUCAGGUCAGUUUCCCGGGGCCGACUGUGCCUAGCACGCCUCCUCAGCAGCAGCGGGAGUCGGCUGUAACCAGUGCGGUUCGACCAGGCAGGUUCUCAGUGACUUCGUCUCCCGGUACCUUCGACGCGUUCUCGCGUCCCUCGUCGCAUACUUCUCGUGCCUCAAUCCACUCAAUUGACCGCUUCAAUGGCAAUUCUUUACCUGGAUCAAUCCCUGGAACACGCCGCAACUCCGACGAGGAUGCUUUCACUCUCGGGUCUCCAUCGUCAUUCCGACAUGGAUCCCACCGAAACUCGUUGCCUUUGAGCAACCCUCCUAACGUCUUCGGUGGCGGACCAUUCAUGUCCUCGUCUUCCAUGAACCGUCUGACUGGAUAUGAGCGAGCUGCCACACCAGACAUCACCAGUAUCCUCGGUAUUACAGAUGAUGAUCGGUUCCCUACUCUCAUCCGAGAUGGCACAAAUAUGGUGAGUCGCAGAUGCAUUCCCAUACUGGCAUUAUCGGCCAACCCAGAUGCCCACGAUAUCGUGAACUCACACGCACAGGGCUCCUCGGGAUUCUUUCACAGCAGAACCCGUUCAUCGCAUCAUAGCAUGCCUAAGAAUCUGCACGGUCGACAAAACUCAAGCGUUGAGCACGGAUUUCAGCACCACCAUGCGCGCCACUCGUUGGAGGGCAACGUUUUCAACGAUCGUUCGAGUGACAUUGCCCGACCCCUUGUGCAGCCCUCAUUUUCUACUAACGAUUUGCCCACCGUUAAAGGUGCACUUGAUUCGGUUAUCUCGCCGCCGCGUACUCAAGGCCCGCACAACCACUCUGUCAGUAUGGGACGCAUUCACGCGCAGCCUGUGACCAACCGCGCUAUGGAAAAUGGUGAUAACCGUGACGGGCUUGGGUUUGGUCCCAGCACGUCUGGAAGCUCUGAAAGCUCUGGGCGGUCAACUCUCCAGGCCAGCGCUGCUCCUUUUGGACCUACCAAUCCCGUCCAAUACGGCUACCGCAGCGGUCCUCCACAGUACGGCUACCAAGCGGCUAAUCUUCAGUCCGGCCCUCACAUGCCAUCCAGCGGCCAUGGUGCUUGGCCGCCAUUCCGGUUCCCGGACAACCGCACCCGUCAGAACGACACGGAGUUGAGUAACUCCCCGUUCUCAGAUAACCACGAGAGUGACAUGGUUCUUUCCAACCGGUUCUCAGAUAACCGCGCCAGUCAGAACGAAAGUGAACUGAUGCACACCAAUCGGUUCUCAGAUAACCGCGCUCGUCAGACUGAGAAUGAGUUGAUGCACACCAGCCGCUUCUCGUUGCAUCCACUCUCCCACUACGAAGGACAUAUUUUGGCCAUGUGCAAGGACCAACAUGGUUGCCGUUACCUUCAACGAAAGUUGGAGGAGGGCAACCCUGAUCACCUACAGUUGAUUUUCAAUGAAGUCAAAAUGCACAUGAUUGAGCUGAUGACCGAUCCGUUCGGUAACUACCUCGUCCAGAAACUCCUUGAGUUCUGCAAUGACGAGCAGCGCACUGCUUUGGUCCACAGUUCCGCUCCUGAGCUGGUUCACAUCGCUGUGAACCAGCAUGGUACUCGUGCCCUGCAAAAGAUGAUCGAGUACAUUACCACUGAUGAGCAGACUGAGACUGUGGUCCGAGCUCUUGAAGAACAUGUUGUCCUGCUUGUGCAAGACCUCAACGGUAAUCACGUUAUUCAGAAGUGUUUGAACAGACUUCAUGGAUCCGAAGCCGAGUUUAUUUAUGAGGCUGUCGGAGGCCACUGUCUCACUGUCGGCAGUCACCGUCACGGAUGCUGCGUUUUGCAGCGCUGCAUUGAUCAUGCGACUGGUGAUCAAAAAGCUCGCCUUAUUGGCCAAAUUACUGCGAAGGCGUAUCAGUUGGUUCAGGAUCCGUAUGGAAAUUACGUUGUCCAAUACAUCCUCGAACUGGGUGAGCCUGGAUUCACCCACGCCCUUUGCCGGAUGCUCAUCGGACACGUCACCACAUUGUCUAAACAGAAAUUUAGCUCUAACGUUAUGGAAAAGUGUUUGCGUACUUGUGAUAAAUUUAUCCGUCGCGAAAUGGUUCAAGAGCUCAUGCGAGAGAACAGCAUGAACACUUUACUCCAUGAUGCGUAUGCCAACUAUGUGAUCCAGACUGCAGUCGAUUCCUGCGACUACGAUAUGCGUGAGACUUUGGUGUACGAGAUUCGCCCGCUGCUCCAUACGAUUCGCCACACUCCUCAUGGGCGCCGUCUUGCUUCUAAGCUCGCAGCAUUUGACCUUGCUAGUGAGGAUCGUGAGGCACAGCGUCGUCCUCGAAUUACUUCGAACGCAUCACAGGCUAGUCGUCCUCGUGUCGGCUCCGAUUUCUCCCAGGGCGGUCGUCCUCGUAUUGGCUCGAAUGCGUCCCUGACCGGACGUCCCCGCAACGGCUCUAACCAUUCACAACCUGGAACCUCGCGAAUCUUUUCCAAUGGCCAGGUUACACCGAAUGAGGCGAACAACGUGGCUUCACGCACUCCCGUGCCCCUGAUCCAGGGGCCCCCUACUCCGGCGAUCAGUGCGUCGAAUGGCAGCCCUAUUGCUGCCUCUCCCACCGACAAUAAGCCAUCGGGUGCCGACCCCCUAAUUCUUUAA